CUGCCCUUUGCUCUCGUCCGCCAUGAAGGCCUUGUCAAUCUUGGCACUUGUCUUCUUCAUCCUCAAGAACCAUGGCGGCCAGGCAGGGGAAGGAUGUGACCGCAUUGGACUGGAUAGCAUGGAGUUAUUUCCAGACCACUACUUGACGUCCCCUUCCUCUCUUGGCCAAUCCCAUGCCCCGCCCUUUGCACGCCCCUCUUCCCCCACCUCAUGGCAGCCUGCGCAGCAGAGCUACGAUAGAGAUUACCUUCUUGUAGACUUGGGCGUGGUGCAUCACUUGUGCUCUAUAGCGACGGCUGGAGACGAGAGAGGCGGGCGAUGGACAAGGACUUAUAAGAUUGCGCUAUCUGAUGAUAACGUAAAGUGGAGCAUGUAUAGAGACCAGGGCGGCGAUAAGAUAUUCCAUGGAAAUAGCGACGGCAGGAAAUUUGUGAGAAACAACUUGAAGGCCAUUGCAAGGUUCAUCCGGGUCUUGCCACAGACAUAUCACGUGACCAAGGCUUUGAGAAUUGAACUUUACGGCAAAAGAACCGAUAAAUGUGGCUUGCCACUCGGACUCGAGAAUUACGGCAUAAGUGAUUCUCAGCUGAGGACUAUCUAUAGUGACGAUGGAAUAGCGGACAGAUACUCGGACAAGCGCGGUCCAUACUCAUCCCGACUACACGCCCCACAUGCCUAUAGGGCGGUCCUGCACCCCGUACACACAGUAUACCUACAGGUGGACCUGUUGCAACCGAAGACGGUCACGGGUGUGGCCACCCAGGGGGACCCCGAGGAGCCUAUGUGGGUGACGUCGUACAGUGUGGAGUACGCGCUAGAGAGCGGGACAUCAUUUAUGUACACUACGUCUGAUAAAAAGGUUUUCCAAGGAAAUAAGGAUGGAACGUCGGUCGUGGUCAACUGGUUUGAGGAUGAACUGGUGUUACGCUUUUUCCGCAUCCUUCCGAAGACAUCACAUAGGGGAAUUUCACUAAGAAUGGAGUUAUAUGGAUGCUCCGAAAGCCCGUGCGAAAGACAGCUUAUCAAACCGGACGCGCCCCCCACGGAGUGGUUGACAGCGACAAGCGUAUUGGAACAAAACUCCACCCUCCCCUCCCAUGGCCGUCUCGAGUUCCAGGGGGGUCACUCGUGGUGCGCGUACCAGGGAGACUGGGACGGCUACCUGCAGGUGGACUUGUUGAAGAGUCACGUGGUGUGUGCGGUAGUGACUCAGGGAGACAGCAAGGCAGACCAAUGGGUCCCGAGGUACAGGGUACAGCACUCGACAGACAACAAGAAAUGGAACUUCUAUUACCCCGAUAGAUAUUAUAUCAGCGGUAAUUUUGAUCGUAACACAAUGGUGGCCCGCGCGUUGUACGAGCAGGGGUCAGCGGUCGCCAGGGGGAUGAGAUUUGUCGUCGGUGGGUUCCACAAGGCGCCAUGUAUGAGGGUCGGCGUCUACGGCACAUCGGUGGAUGUGUGUAGAAACUCGUCAGUGGGUGUUAGUGCCAUGGGGGCCAUCCCCGAGUACAGGUUUACCGCCUCGUCUUAUAAAGACGCGUAUAAGCCUCCUUAUGGUCGUGCCCAAGGAGCCAGGUGCUGGUGCGCCGCUUCCUACGAUGACAACGAGUUCUUACAAGUCGACCUUGGCACGCCUCAUACUGUGUGCGCUGUUGGUACCCAAGGGUGUCCAGGCACCACCAGCUGGUCCAGGUCUUAUCGGCUGUCAUUCUCAAUGACUGGCAUUUUAUACGACUUUUACAAAGAUCAACGUGGAAAUAAUCAGGUGUUUCAAGGGCCGAUGAAUGAUCAAGAGCCCAUCGUCAAACAGAGCCUGCCAAUACCUCGACUUACAAAGUUUGUGCGCUUUCACCCACUGAGCUACAAUAACAACAAAUGCCUGAGGGUGGAGGUGUACGGAGUGCCACAAGUGAUGCGUCAAUCCCUCGGCCUGGAAGCACCGUUUGGCGUGUCUACCAUUCCCGACACGAGACUUACCGCGUCUAGUGUUCUGAGCGGCUCUUACCCGGAGGCAAGCGCGCGUCUGUACGCACCGUCGGCCUGGUGCGCGAAGGACACGCUGAAUCCGUUCCUUGAGGUAGAUCUCGGCGAACCAAAAACUAUCUUCGGGUUUGCCUGGCAGGGGGAGCCUGGUGGAAAGGGAUUUGUGACCAGCUUUGAUGUACAGUAUUCGUAUACUAGUGAUCUGUGGCGGGAGAUGAGGGGUUUCCAAGGCAACACGGAUGGUAAUGGAGUGAUGGCUCGCUGGAUGAAUGGCGAACCGAUAGGUGCACGGUAUUUCCGCUUCCUGCCUAAAAUGUGGCAAGGUCAAAUCUGCAUGAGAGUCGAUCUCUACGGCAGUGACAAAGCACCACCUCCCAAGGUUCAAGGCACAGGGAUCAAGGGAACACUCAGGGACUCGGACGGCUCCCACUUAGAUCUGACGUGUGAGGCUGUUGGUGACUCCUCGCUUACCUUCAAAUGGUACGAGACAUCACGUGACAUCACAAGCAAGUCACGUGGUGUCGUAUGCAGCAGAGGAGUUGUCCAAGGGUACUUGAGGGUGAAUUUCACCAGCGCGUACGACUUCUACCAGAGGUUUGGGUGUCAGAGGAUCAGUGCAGUCAUGCUGAGAUGUGUAGUUAAACACUCGUGCUGCCCGUACUUUGCGGAGGUGCGCGGCGAGGAGUAUGUUUUCUCAUCUGUGUUGUUUAUAGAUAUACCGGAGUCUGGAAUUCCCACCCCAACCCAGUUCCCGCAUUCGUCGACGCCUUACCAAAUACCCGACAUUUACAAGGACACGGAAUCCAGCGUCGGGCGGAAUAUCAGCCAACUCAUCUGUCCAUUUGUUACAUUUUUUGUUGUUCUCUGUCUUGUGCUCUGACGAUAAAUCAGGCACACCUCGUAUUUAUAUUUCAAUAAGUAAAUAUUACUUUCACCAUGAUCUGGUUCAAACUAGAGUAUGCAGUAGUAUUUCUAGCGGCUUAUUUCAAGCAAGUUCCAUUGUUGAUUGCGGCUUAUUUCAAGCAAGCCCCAUUGUUAAGGCAUUUGAAAACAUCCUGUCCUUAUCCCUCUCUUUGAUUUGUUAUUUUUAUUUAUUAUUAUUAUUAUUGUUGUUGUUAUUUUUGCUUUCUUUCACAAUAAAGCACGCCUUUAGUGCACAGACCAACGCAUAUCACGCAUGUGCAAAUAGUUAACUUCCAUGGAGCAUUAUUUUUUUCAGUCACAAUAAAAUGUGCGUUCAUUAUGUUUUUGAUAAAUAAAAAUAAUACUUUCGCAA